UGUCUCUGCGUUAUUUCAGUGUGAACCAGAGGAGAAGAAGAUAGAUUCCGUUACGUCUUCUGAGCUCAGUUUACCUCGAUUCAGCUGGCUUCUUCUAUCAAAUUUGUAUCUCAUUUCGAAUUCGAUUCGUUCCUUGCACUUCCUUGAUCGUUUACAGAGUGUUCAUCGUUCUUCGUGGAUUGAUGUGGUCAUGAAUCGGUUUGUUAAUGGAGCUCAGACUCGAGUAGGAAAAGCCUAACAGUAUCCAGGAGAUGAAAGGCGAGUCAUGGGGGCUGACAGUUGGGAUCUCAAUAGGGGUGAUAAUUGGAGUUCUUUUGGCCUUCUCUGCUCUAUUAUGCAUCAGGUACCGCAGGAAACAAUCACAGAUUGCAGCCAGCAGCAGUUCACGUAGGGCUGUCACAGCCCCUAUCCGUACUAAUGGUGCUGAUUCAUGCACAAUAUUGUCAGACUCAACAGUGGGCCCAGAAUCUCCCAAAGUAUCUGAAACAAAUGGCUUCUCCUUGUGGUUGGAAGGACCAAGGGAAAAGAGUGUACUAUCAGUGUCUGGAAUACCCAAGUAUUAUUACAAAGAUCUUCAAAAGGCAACUCACAAUUUCACAACGGUAAUAGGUCAAGGCGCAUUUGGUUCUGUGUACAAAGCUCAGAUGCCAACUGGUGAAACUGUAGCUGUUAAAGUCCUUGCUACUGAUUCCAAGCAAGUGGGGAGGGAAUUCCAAGCAGAGGUCAUGUUACUAGGAAGAUUACAUCACAGAAACCUUGUGAAUUUGGUGGGAUAUUGUGCAGAAAAAGGCCAGCAUAUGCUUGUUUACGUGUACAUGAGCAAUGGCAGCCUUGCUUCUCAUUUAUAUAGUUCAAAAUAUGAACCACUUUGCUGGGAUUUGAGGGUUUGUAUAGCUCUAGAUGUAGCAAGGGGUUUGGAGUAUCUUCAUGAUGGGGCCACUCCACCUGUAGUGCAUCGGGACAUAAAAUCUUCUAACAUACUGUUGGAUCAGUCCAUGAAAGCCAGGGUGGCUGAUUUUGGACUUUCAAGGGAAGAAAUGGUUAUCCCACACGCAUCAAAUAUAAGGGGAACAUUCGGUUAUCUUGAUCCUGAGUAUAUAUCAACGAGGGCGUUCACCAAGAAAAGUGAUAUUUACAGUUUUGGGGUUUUGCUCUUUGAACUUAUUGCUGCGCGGAAUCCUCAACAGGGUCUUAUGGAAUAUGUUGAACUAGCGGCAUUGAGCACUGAGGAAAGAUCUGGGUGGGAGGAGAUUGUUGAUUCCCGGCUUGAGGGAAAGUUUGAUGUGCAAGGACUCAAUGAUAUUGCAGCUCUUGCAUACAAAUGUGUUAACCGUGUCUCAAGAAAACGUCCUUCUAUGAGGGAUAUUGUGCAGUCACUGUCUCGAAUACUUAAGUUGAGGGACAGUAGGAAGAAACAAGAACGAGCCCGGUUUUCAUCAGUGGAGGAUAUAUACAUCGAUCUGGACCAAUCAGGAGCUCAGACUCCAAAUAUAGAACUAGUGAGAGAAGAAUCCGUUGAUAACACAGCUCAACAUCCUGAAUUUUGAUGGUGAUUCUAUUGCUUAGCCUCUGUUUUAAUUCCUUUUUUUUUUCAUUUGCCAAAUUUUGGUUGUGAUAUAUCUUCAUUGUAAUGUUAGAAAAAUUAAAAAGGGAAGCUGAUCUGUAGUCAUUGUUAGUGAGUCUCCCUUACAUCCUGAUUUCCUUGUAUCAUAUUACCAUUUUUUUGUAAAUUCCCUUUCUUUAACUGGGGAAAAAUAUAAAUUGUUCAUUCUUUUUUUUAUUGUAUAUAAUAUUUUUUUUCUUAA